AUGUCAAAACCGGAUAAGCCAGAGCAAAUAUCUUUCCCGCCAUCGCAGGUCGAAAGAGUCGGUGUCAAAGUUCCGCCAUUUUGGCCUGAAAAGGCUCAGCUAUGGUUUGCUCAACUCGAGGGACAAUUUGCGCUUUCGAAUAUAUCAGCUGACACUACAAAGUUUUAUGUAGCAAUCGCAUACUUAGAGACGCAAUACGCAGCCGAGGUUGAAGACAUUAUUUUGAAACCACCAACAGAGAAUAAGUAUGAAACACUGAAAUGUACUCUCAUCAAGAGAGUAUCGAUGUCAGAAGAUCGCAAGUUAGAACAGUUACUGGACAGAGAAGAAAUCGGCGACAGACGACCAUCGCAGUUUUUGCGUCAUUUGCGCGCACUAGGCGGGUCAAAAGUCGACGAUAGUAUUCUCAAGAUAUUGUGGAUCAGGCGGCUACCAGAAAAUAUUCAAGCCAUAAUUUCGGCACACGACCAUCUCGAGUUGGAUAAAAUAGCAGACAUGGCAGAUAAAAUCGCCGAUAUAUGUUGCAGCAUCAAAUCCAAGGAGUUAGUAAACAAAUGCCAUCCACGUCCAAAGAAAUGA